AUAAUUUGACCAUUUUUUCUCGCCUCUCUCUCUUUCAUUUUGCGCCGCACCUUAUUAACCCUUCACUCUGCUCUCUGCUGCACGGCCGCACGUCCCAUCUCCACCUAAGGCUCAACAUCGUCCUACUCCAUUUUGUUCUCGCCUCUCUUCAUUUUCCGCCUCAUCAUCAAUCGUCGCCGGCGUUGGUGAUUCUUCCAGCCCAGCACCAUCGUCUUUGAUUCUAGGCAGUCCAGUCAUGCUGCUUCAUCUUUGAUUCUUUGCCCUUUAGUUUGGAGUUUUUUUAUCAGGAAGUGAAAUGGCUGGGAAAUCUAAUAAAGGAAGGAACCGGAGGGGUUCAAAUAACUCAGUAAAUUCCUCAGAGUCGGUGGUGUCUUCCACUGCUCCUGUGAAAGAUGACCUAACAGCUGCAGAAUCUGGCAAAGCUGAUGCUAAUGGAGCACCAGCUGUGAGUGAACCAAUUAAUGCCAUGCAAGAUGGAAAGGAGUCUGAAACAGCAAAUUCAGUGAAUGGAACUAAGCAAGGUGAGCUUCAUCUGUAUCCAGUCUCUGUCAAAACACAGAGUGGUGAGAAGCUUGAGCUGCAAUUGAAUCCUGGAGAUUCUGUCAUGGAUAUAAGACAAUUCCUUCUUGAUGCUCCUGAGACAUGUUUCUUCACUUGCUAUGACUUGCUUCUGCGCACAAAAGAUGGUUCAACUCACCAGCUUGAAGAUUAUAAUGAAAUUUCUGAAGUAGCUGACAUUACUACUGGGGGUUGUUCCUUGGAGAUGGUUGCUGCCCCUUAUGAUGAUAGAUCAAUCAGGGCUCAUGUCCACCGCACGAGAGAAUUAUUGUCACUUUCCACACUUCAUGCUUCACUUUCAACAUCACUUGCAUUAGAGUACGAAAACAAGGCUUCAAGUUCAGAUAUGGUGAAAGCCGAGGUCCCUGAGCUUGACGGGCUGGGAUUUAUGGAGGAUGUUGCUGGCUCACUUGGUAAGUUGCUAUCAGCUUCAUCAAAAGAGAUCAAAUGUGUGGAGAGUAUUGUGUUCUCAUCAUUCAAUCCUCCUCCAAGCUAUAGAAGGCUUGUCGGAGAUCUACUAUAUUUGGAUGUAGUGACAUUGGAAGGUAAUAAGUUCUGUAUUACUGGAACCACAAAAGCAUUUUAUGUCAAUUCAAGCACAGGCAAUGUCCUUGACCCAAGGCCUAGUAAAGCUAAUUCUGAAGCUACAACCCUUAUCGGGCUCCUGCAAAAAAUCAGCUCCAAGUUCAAAAAAACCUUUCGUGAAAUUUUGGAGCGGAAGGCCUCUGCACAUCCUUUUGAAAAUGUUCAAUCUCUUCUGCCGCCGAAUUCAUGGCUAGGAUUAUAUCCAAUUCCUGAUCACAGACGUGAUGCAGCUAGAGCAGAGGAUGCACUGACGCUUUCAUAUGGCAGUGAGUUGAUUGGCAUGCAGCGAGAUUGGAAUGAGGAGUUGCAAUCCUGUCGAGAGUUUCCCCAUACAACACCUCAGGAAAGGAUCUUGCGGGAUAGGGCUCUCUACAAAGUCACUUCUGAUUUUGUUGAUGCAGCAAUUAAUGGUGCUAUUGGAGUCAUCAGCCGAUGUAUCCCCCCCAUAAAUCCAACAGAUCCAGAGUGCUUUCAUAUGUAUGUCCACAACAACAUAUUCUUCAGUUUUGCUGUGGAUGCGGACCUUGAGCAGCUAUCUAAGAAACGUUCUGCAGAUAUUAAUUCGAAAGCAGAUAACACUACCACUGCUCAAAAUUCAUCAGAAAAGGUCUCAAAUGAUUCGACACAUGAGAACAGUGGUGUUUCUAAUGGGGCAUGUGAUGGAUCAACUACAGUAGAAGGUAAUGGUGUUGUGGAAUCAACUCCUCUAUUGUCCUCUGAGACCCAGUUGGCUGAGAGUGAGCAGGCCACAUAUGCCUCUGCGAACAAUGAUCUGAAAGGCACCAAGGCCUACCAGGAAGCUGAUGUCCCUGGAUUGUAUAACCUUGCCAUGGCCAUAAUUGAUUACAGGGGUCAUAGAGUGGUGGCACAGAGUGUUUUACCUGGCAUUCUUCAAGGGGAUAAGUCGGAUUCCCUUCUGUAUGGUUCUGUUGACAAUGGCAAGAAAAUAUGCUGGAAUGAGGAAUUUCAUUCCAAGGUGCUGGAAGCUGCCAAGCGCCUCCAUCUAAAGGAGCAUGAAGUUGUAGAUGGAUCUGGAAAUAUUUUCAAAUUAGCUGCACCAGUAGAAUGUAAAGGCAUUGUUGGUAGUGAUGACAGGCAUUAUCUUCUGGAUUUGAUGAGAGUAACACCUCGUGAUGCAAACUACAAGGGACCAGGAUCCCGAUUUUGUAUUUUGAGACCAGAACUGAUUGCUGCCUUUUGCCAGUCUGAAUCUGUAAAGAGAUCAAAAAGUAAGCCUAAAGCUGAGGAUGAGGCUCAUGCAACUGCAGAGUCUUCUGAGGUUGCUGGUGCUGAUGAACAGGAGAAGCCAGAGGCAGACAUUCCUCCAUCUUCUGCUGACAGUCAAGAGAUAACCCACAAAGGGAGGGUUGAGACUGUUGAAGAAUGUGCUUCUGGAAGCUGUGAAUCACAUGAUGAAAUACUACUUAACCCUAAUGUUUUUACUGAGUUUAAGCUUGCUGGGAAUCCAGAGGAGAUAGCAAAGGAUGAAGAAAAUGUCAGGAAAGCUAGUUCUUAUCUUGCAGAUACUGUGCUUCCAAAAUUCAUCCAAGAUCUUUGCACACUUGAAGUGUCACCUAUGGAUGGGCAGACUCUUACUGAAGCACUACAUGCCCACGGAAUUAAUAUGCGCUAUAUUGGAAGGAUUGCUGAAGGGACGAAACAUUUACCUCAUCUGUGGGAUCUUUGUUCUAAUGAGAUCGUAGUCAGAUCUGCUAAGCACAUCCUCAAGGAUGUACUGAGGGAUACAGAAGAUCAAGAUCUUGGUUCAGCUAUCUCACAUUUUUUCAACUGCUUCUUUGGAAAUUGUCAAGCUGUAGGAGUAAAAGCUGCUUCUAACAGUUCACAGCCAAGAUCACAAAAGAAAGACCAAGCUGGCAAUCAAUCUUCUGGAAAAUCAUCUAAGGGCCAAACAAGGUGGAAAGGAGCAUCUGCAAGAAAAAAUCAAUCUUCACAUAUGAAUGUCAGCUCAGAGACUGUAUGGUCUGACAUCAAGGAAUUUGCAAAACUCAAAUAUCAGUUUGAGUUGCCAGAGGAUGCAAGGUCGUGGGUGAAGAAAGUUUCAGUUAUUCGUAAUCUUUGCCAAAAGGUGGGAGUUACGGUUGCAGCUUGCAAAUAUGAUCUUAAUGCUGCAGCACCGUUCCAAACAUCAGAUAUCUUAGAUCUGCAACCAGUUGUGAAGCACUCUGUUCCAGUAUGUUCGGAAGCUAAGGAUCUUGUGGAAACAGGAAAAGUUCAAUUAGCUGAGGGUAUGCUUAGUGAAGCCUAUACAUUAUUCUCGGAGGCAUUUUCCAUUCUUCAACAGGUGACUGGUCCGAUGCAUCGGGAAGUUGCCAACUGUUGUAGGUACCUUGCCAUGGUUUUGUACCAUGCUGGAGAUAUGGGUGGAGCAAUAAUACAACAGCACAAGGAAUUAAUCAUAAAUGAACGCUGCCUGGGCUUAGACCAUCCUGAUACUGCUCACAGCUAUGGCAAUAUGGCUCUUUUCUACCAUGGACUCAAUCAGACAGAACUUGCGCUGCGGCACAUGUCCCGUGCACUGCUUUUACUGAGUUUGUCAUCUGGCCCAGAUCAUCCUGAUGUAGCUGCAACAUUUAUAAAUGUUGCAAUGAUGUACCAGGACAUUGGAAAGAUGAACACAGCUCUUCGGUAUCUGCAAGAGGCCUUGAAAAAGAAUGAGAGACUUCUAGGAGAGGAACAUAUCCAAACUGCUGUAUGCUAUCAUGCUCUUGCCAUUGCAUUUAACUGUAUGGGUGCAUUCAAGCUCUCCCACCAGCAUGAAAAGAAGACCUAUGAUAUACUUGUCAAGCAACUUGGUGAGGAGGACUCAAGGACGCGGGACUCCCAAAACUGGAUGAAGACAUUUAAAAUGCGUGAACUUCAGAUGAAUGCACAAAAGCAGAAGGGCCAGGCUCUGAAUGCAACUUCUGCUCAGAAAGCAAUUGAUAUCUUGAAGGCACAUCCUGACUUGAUACAGGCAUUCCAAGCUGCUGCUGCAGCUGGAGGAUCUGGGAGUUCUAGUGCUUCAGUCAACAAAUCUCUAAAUGCAGCAAUAAUUGGGGAGACCCUUCCUAGGGGCAGAGGCGUAGAUGAAAGGGCUGCUCGUGCAGCAGCAGAAGUUAGGAAGAAAGCAGCAGCUAGAGGCCUUUUGAUUCGCCCACAUGGUGUCCCUGUCCAAGCUUUGCCACCACUUACUCAGCUCCUCAACAUCAUUAAUUCAGGGAUGACCCCUGAUGCGGUCGACAACGAGGAAGCAAAUGGCGUGAAGAAGGAAGUGAACGAUCAACCUCCUGAUGGAUCAGUAGAUGCGAAUAAAGAUGAAAUACCAGCACAAGAAGAUCCAGCUCCAGUCGGAUUGGGCAAGGGCUUAGCAUCAUUGGAUACCAAGAAACAGAAAACAAAACAAAAACCUGCGGCUUAAAAUUUUGAUGCAGAGGUUUGAUGGGAUGGUGUUUUUGCAAGAGAGUUGCAGUUUCCUCGUAAGAAAGCAGCUACUACUGUUGAAGAGUAGACAUCAUUUGUAUUCAAUUUUUCCCCCCAAUAAUCUGGCUCUUAAAUGCAAGGAGCAUCCAUGGCUAGCUUGAACUACAGAGAUUUUAUAUAUUACAUUCUUAUUAGGUAGAGAAUACAGAAUGACACAAAACUAUUCUAUUUUUGCUCCUUUUUGUUAAUUUCCCUAUGAAAGUUAGGCAAGUGUUAUUUUUCA